AGGGAAAGAGAAAAGGAAAAGAAAAAAAAAAAAAAAGAGAUAUCAAAAAGAAAAGAGAUGGGAAGAGCUCCUUGUUGUGACAAAGCAAAUGUGAAGAAAGGGCCAUGGUCACCUGAAGAGGAUUCUAAACUCAAACAUCACAUUGAAACUUAUGGAACUGGUGGCAAUUGGAUUUCCCUUCCUCAAAAAGCUGGUCUUAGAAGAUGUGGGAAGAGUUGUAGAUUGAGAUGGCUUAAUUAUCUUAGACCCAACAUUAAGCAUGGUGAAUUUUCAGCCGAGGAAGACACAGUCAUUUGUACUCUAUUUGCCACUAUUGGAAGCCGAUGGUCAAUUAUUGCUGCUCAAUUGCCGGGAAGGACCGACAACGAUAUAAAGAACUAUUGGAAUACGAAGUUGAAGAAGAAACUUAUGAUGGGGAUGGUAUCAUCUUCUUCUACUACCAAUACUACUCAUUAUGCUCCACAAGCAGAGAUUGUUAAAACGAUUGAAACUUUGUCACCAAAACCCCAUCAAAAUCCCUCCUUUGAUUAUCAACCACUCUCCAAUAAUAGUUAUGAACCACUAGGAUCUGCUAAUUAUUCAAUCCCAUUAUUCAACUACUGUAAUAACCCAAUUAGUAGCUGUUUGGUAACCAACCCUUUUGACCAAAAUAAUAGUUUCUAUGAAACCCUAAAACCAAACCAAGUGGGGUUUGAGUUUGAUGAAUUAGAAUAUGGUGGGUUAAACUCGGUUAGUUUCAACAAUGGGUUAUUGUUUGAUGAGAAGAUGAAGAUGAUGCAGCAAAACAACAAUGGGAAUGAAGGGUAUAAUGGUAAUUAUGUUGAGGGAAAUGCAAUGAUGAAGGAAGAGGAAGAGAUGAUGGAGCAAAAAAGAGAAGAAGAAGCAAAGAGAAGUACAAAGUGAUGGAGGGAGUUUUGAGAUUCUGACAACUGACUGUUAAGUGUAAAAUCAAGAAAGAUUUGAUGGGGUAUGGGAGGAACUGCCACAAAUAUAUCACACCAAAUUACUUUCAAUAUUUAUUGGGUUUUGUAUGUUCUUAUGUUUUUUUUUUCUUUUGGUGAUGUAAAUUGGUAAUUGGGAUGAAAUGAAAUGGUCUGUUUAAUUU